AUGGCGCCCUCUGACGUGUCUCCGCUGCUUACGGGCGUCAAAUUGGUGCCUUCCGAAGACUAUUAUGUCGGAGAGAAGGAGCCUGAGAGCAAAGUUCCGAUUGAUGUGGCUCAUGAGGAUGUCAAUGAUAAGAAGAUGACGACAACGAAAGGCGCGGAGGCUUUCUCGGAGAGUGAAGCAGGCUACGAUCAUGAUUUGGAGUCCACGAGGGAGUGGAGCACAGGGAUUUGCUCUUGCAUUCCAGGUUACAACAGCGAGCACGCUCGCUCGGAUUGCGAAAUCUGCUGCCUGGGCUGGUUCGCGCCAUGCGUGCUGUACGGUAGCAACAUGGUCCGCCUAAGUGGUAACCAGAGCGAGUUCUGCAACAACUGCUGCUGUUAUGCGUCCCUGCUUAUUCUUGGGGGUGUCUUUCUCCGAUGCAAUGUGCUUGCGCCAAUCAAGUCAUGGCCCAGCCGAUCCGCCAUUCGCACGCGAUUCGGCCUGCAGAGCGGAGCUGAAAGUGUGACAAGGGAUCCUUCAGGCGGUUGUGAUCGGUGCUGUGACUGUUUUCUGCACUUCAUCUGUCACCGAUGCGCUCUAUGCCAGGAGGCAAGAGAGAUUAGGAGGCGUCUCCCUCUGUCAGGCCCAGACAGUUCUUCCGGGUCUGCUGUGGUUGUUGCUCCUCCCUCCAUGCAAGCCAUGAGUCAUUGA